GCAACGGAAGGAGAUUGAAGUCGGUCAACAGUAAAUUGUUCACAAAAUAAGCAUGGAUUAAUAUAAUAUAUGAGGGAUAUUGAUUGUUAAGCAUCUACAGAGGAGUGUGAAGGAAAAUGGCAGCUGCCAGCACACUGCUUCCAGAGACACAGGGGGUCCAGUUCACAGCCCGCCCAGCUGUCCUCCGAACCAAAGAAAACAUAAAGCCCAGAAGUGGCCGGUCAUCUUCUCUAAGCUCUGAGGGAGGAAUCCAGCCUGUCAAUGCUAGCCUGUCUAGUAUUGAGGUUGAGGCUCUCCUCAGGGAGAAGGUGAGGGCCAAACACCAGAAUAUAAUGCAGGCCUUUAUGACUUAUGAUGUUGAACACAAUCAAGGGGUAACAAAAGGGGAAUUCCGUCGAGUGUUAGAAUCCUUUUGUCUCCCCCUGACCUCAGAACAGUUUGAGGCAGUAUUAGCCAAGGUGGAAAAGAACCCCAAUGGGACGGUCAAAUAUCCAGACUUCAUGGAGAAAUUUUAUGGACAACCUCCAAGUUCUGUCAGUGGUGGUCAAUGGGCUGGAUUUCAAAAAUUUUCUCCCCCUCCUGCAGCAAGGGAGAUAAAUAUUGACAUGAUUGAAAAGAUGCUAAAAGACAAGAUAAGUCAGAAUUUAAAGGCUGUUGUGAAGGCGCUACAGCUGUUUGACUAUAAUAGAGAUGGGAAAAUCCAGAGACAUGAACUCAGACGAGUAAUUGAGAACUACUGCUUCAAGCUGUCAGAUGACCAGUUUCAGAAAUUGUGGCUGCGAUAUGACUUCCAUCACACUGGUUUGGUGAAUUAUAAGGAGUUCUUGUCCAGACUUGGGGUCUCUGUUGGUAACCAGGGUCGUCCACCAGUAGACGGGGCAAAGGGAGCCCUUUUGUGGCCCCAGCAGAUCCCUGCCUCAAACAGUAAGAUCUUUAAGCAGAGGAAGGAUGAUGAGGAAGCUUUACAGAGAUUGAACUUUGACCAGAUUGAGCUAGAGUUCAGAAACAGGAUGAAGAAAAACUAUCUGAACCUGAAGAAGAUUUUCCUGACCUUUGACCAGCACCUGGAUGGUUUCAUUGGUCUGGAGGAUCUCAAGUCUAUUCUGUGUCAGUUUACCAUCCCAAUGUCUGACCAACUCUUCAAACAGAUGAUGGAAAGGUGUGGUGUGAGAGGAACAGGAAAAAUUUCCUGGGAGCAGUUUUUGGACAAGUUCCAGGAUCCCCAGGGAGGGGGAAAUGGACAGACCAUUCCCAUGAGACCCAAUCACAAGUUUUUCCCGAUCCGUGAGGGAAUACAGGUGGUGCCAACAGAUGAUAUAUGGAAGUUACUGUAUAAACAUAUUCAAUCCCACUACCCCUCUUUGAAGCAGGCCUUUCUACAGAUUGAUAUUACUCGUAAAGGAAGAAUAACGAGAACCGAGCUGAGAAAUGUGAUAGAAAAGUUUGCCUUUAGAUUGGACAAUGAGCAGUUUAAACAGUUGAUGUUAAAGUUAGAUCCCUUUCACACCAACAGCAUCUCCUAUCAUGAUUUCCUGAAACUGUUUGAGGAGACAGACACUCCAGAGGGACACAAAUGGCUGAAGUCUGUACAUCGUUUCAACGAGACGCCCAAACCAGCCAUCAUGGCUUGGGAAACAAUUGAGGAGAUUCUCCGUGAGAAGAUAACAGAGUACUGGAAGCCUGUAUCGGCAGCUAUCAUGGUGGCCGAUACUAAGGGGGAUGGUUACAUUUCUAUCCCCAAACUGAAGUCUGUUAUAGAUAACUGUGUGCUGCCCAUCUCAGAAGAUCACUUCAAAAGUAUGGUGUCUCGGUGUAAGGAUUGUGUUAAUAAUCAGAUUAAUUACGUGGAGUUCCUGGAGAUGUUAAACGUUGACGUAAGGCCUGGAGAUUUGAUCGGCCUCAGUUCCCAGGUCCAACAAGGCAGUGAGGAAAGGGAGGCAAUCAGGAUGAAAAACCAUAUAGCAAGGAGUAUGAGAGUUAAUAGAAGGGCCCAGAACCGUACCAACACAAUGACCGCUGAUGAGGUCAUCGCCCGGCUGAAGGACCGUAUGUCCCAACACAAGGUUCAGAUUAGACAAGCCUUCCUGUCAUUUGACAAAUCAGGAAAGGGACGAGUCACCAAGAGGAACUUCAGGGAGGUUCUGGGAACGUUUGGUAUCCUGAUGACCGACGACCAGUUCCAGGAAUUGACCGAGCGUGUAGGCUUCAUGAAUGGUCAGAUGGAGUACUCAGACUUUGUCAGUGCCUUUGAGGAUCCGCGGAUCCAGGGACCAGGAGAUGAGAUUCAGAGGACGGGCAAUCAUCGAGUAAAUCCUAUCCGAGGCGAUGAGCGGGGAAUGACGGCAGAUGAGGUGGAGGCCAAAUUAAGGAGUAAACUCCGAGAAAACUUUGCAAAUCUGCGAGCAGCAUUUUACAAGUUUGAUGAGGACCACAAUGGUUUGAUCAACAAGGCCAACUUUAGGAGGAUUUUAGAUUCUUUUAUGUGUAUAAUGUCUGACAAUGAAUUCCAAGAAUUGUGUAAGAGAAUGGGAAUUACAAACUCCAGUAAGAUUUCUUAUGAGGAAUUCCUCCAAAGGUUUGAGACCAGGGACACCGCCGAGGGACACAAGUGGCUUAACUCUGUUCACAGGUAUAACACCACCUAUCCCACACCAGAGAUGACAGCAGAGUCAGCACACGAAGCAUUAAAACUGAAAUGUCACAGACAAUGGAAGGAUUUAGCUCAGGCAUUCACACAAAUUGAUGCCAUUGGAACCAAAGGAGUCCUAAGGAAGAGAGAGUUAAGAGACUUGCUGUUCAAAAUGGUUAUUCCUAUGGGACCUGAGGAGUUUAAAAGACUUUGGGAAUUCUAUGAUGAAGAUGGGAAAGGCUAUGUUAAUUAUCAAGACUUUUUGGAAAAACUCGGAGCAUCAGAAUUCACUCCUGCUGAUACGAUGGGAACCAGUACAAACAUUAUAGAUACCAGUCAUAAAACGAUCAUGGAUCACAAUGAUGACCAGCUGGUCAAACAUCAGAGGAUGACUAAACACCAGGCAGAUAGGGUGGCCUUCAUGAAUGCUGAACAAGUCGAGAAACUACUCAAGGAUAAGAUCAGAGAUAAUUAUAAGGACACAUAUGAUGCCUUUAGGAAGUAUGAUACACAGAAGAAGGGGUCACUAUCAGUAAAUGAGAUACAGAAUGUUCUCAAUGAUCUACACUUCUUUAUGAACGAUGAACAAUUCUUCAAGCUCAUAGACAAAAUUGGUCUAGGCACCAAAGGGAGUCGUCUGAACUAUGAGGAGUUCCUGAGGGCCUUUGAGGAGGGUCGUAAGGAUCAUUACCAGCGCCCUCUACCUGAGAUCAGGAUCCAGGAGUGGGGCGGACUCAGUCCUCAGGAGGCCGAGAGCAAACUCAGACAGAUUAUAGAGACUCAGGGAGAUGUUCUUGGAAAGGCUUUUGCUUCCUUUGAUAAAAAUCAGUCUAACCUGAUUCCUAUGAAGGACUUCAGAAGAGUGCUGGACAUCUUUGCCUUUAAGAUGACUGAUCCACAGUGGCGCCACCUAAUGAGUAAACUACAGGUGGUGGAUAAGUCUGUCAAUUACUUAUUGUUCCUAGAAAACUACAAUAUGUCUGACCAAGAGGAUGCAGAGAAAUGGCUGGCAGCCCUACAGAAGCAGAUGAGGAACCAGUCUCAGCCCCUGAUGCCUAUUGAUGAGGUUCAGGAGAAAGUCCGGGAGGCAGUACAUGCCCACUUCUACACACUGGCCAACCUCUUCAAAGAGGUGGACUACGCCAACAUUGGUGUUGUAUCUAAAGAGGACUUCAGAGACUUGAUGGAUAAGAAUGUCAUGAGAUUCACUGAUGAGCAGUUUGACAAUCUAUGGGCGUCAUUACCUGUAAAUGAUUUUGGAAACUUAGACUACAAGGAAUUCCUGCGUCGUUAUUCGUCCAACAUGGAGGUCCCUCCUACUCCACAGAGACCAGCAUCCACGAUGAAUGGUCGCCCCGGGACACAGAUGUCAGGACGACGACUCCAGAGUAGGGCAGUAUCCAGGUCAUUGACACAGAUGGAGUUUGGGCGACCAGGUUCUCGAUUGUCCAGAGCUCAGACUCGUAUGAGUACACCAAUGAUCAAUGCUGAGAGUGCUGAAACAAGGAUCAAGAACAGGAUAUUCCGUAACUGGAAGGAAAUCCAGAGGAGUUGUCGUAACUGUGACAAACACAACACAGGGACAAUCCAGAUAGAGGAACUCAGAGACAUUCUGAUGAGAAAUGGAAUAGAAAUGCCAGAAGAGGAAUUCUACGAUCUGAUGACUAAAUAUGAUCUGAGAGAGGAUGGCUCAUUUGCAUAUGUUGACUUCCUACGUCACUUUAUUUUAAAUCUAAAGCCACAGGAAGAUUCCAACUUAUUGUCAAGGCGACGUGUUCCAGGACGAGUAUCUUCCCUGUCCACACUCUCUGAGAAUUCCGAGGUAUCAGCGGGCCACACCAGCACACAUUUCUACGAUGCCAUGAUUCGACUCCGUGAAUGUGUGCUCCAGAACUGGAAGGAAAUGAGGCGACUCUUCCGAUCACUGGACCGUGAAAAUCAGGGCACAGUUAGCUCCCUUGACUUCCGCCAUGUUCUACGUCAGUUCAGUGUCAAUCUAGGAGAAGAUGAAUUCUUCCAUCUGUUGUCCUAUUAUGAUAAGAACUUGAAUGGGAUGAUAUCUUAUAAUGACUUUAUUAAAGCUUAUCUCCAGAGCCCUUGAGAACAUUGAGAAAACUUAACUUAGGAAAUAUAUU